AAAUAUUUAGUUUAAUAAAAAUAAAAACACAAUGGAUAUUAUAGAUCCUAAUCUAUAUACAUCAAAAAAUAGCCAUGCUCAAUUAUCAACUAUAGAUUCAAUUAAAAAUCAUAUUCAAAACAAUGAUAAUAAUAAAUCAUAUGAUUUGAUUGUUGAUGUGGGCUGUGGUGGCGGUGUUUCGACCAAUCUAUUGGCCAAACAUAUACCUCAGCAUAAACUGAUUGUCGGUAUCGAUGUCGUACCCGAUAUGAUAAGCUAUGCCCGCAGUAAUAAUACGGAUGACACCAUUGAAUAUGUGGAGCAAGAUAUGAGUGUCAAGUGGACAGAAAUCGGUAGUCAACGGAUCAGACAACUGGAGUCGAAAGUGGAUCUGAUUUAUUCAAAUAUGGUCUUAGAGUAUAUGCCCGACAAAUGGCUAGUUAUGGACACUGUUAACCGUUUGUUGACUACCGGCGGUCUAUUUCAUGCAAACAUUUUCAUAUUACCCGAUCUGAACAAAAAACUAGUAAACAACGGACCGAAACCAUGGUAUCAAACCCGCGAAAAACAAUUAGACGAUUGGCGUCAAAGUCUAUCGGAUAAUCACUUACUGGUCAAACAGUUUGAUACGAUUGAUGUCUGUUGGCCGACGGAUAGACAGAAAAUGAUUGAAUUCAUGCCAAUUAUGAUAUCAAAGUUUCGGUCAUUUUUUAAAAACCGCAAACAAUUUGAUGCCGAACUCAACGAUCACUUAACGGAUACAGUGUUUGACGCCUACGUCAAUCCCGACAGCCCUGAGCCCAAUCCCAGAGCGUGGCAACAGUUUUUGGCCGAUCCGACCGUUACGGAAGUCAAUCGUUACCAUCGAUUGCUUAGAGUUACAGCUAUUAAACAAAACUAAAAUUUUUAUUUUCUGAUAAUUAUUUUUAAUUAUAAUAAUAUUAAUUAUUAUUGUUAUUAUUAUCAUUAUUA